AUGCCUGCCACUACCGCCCCGGAGGGCGCCCCCCUCGCCGACUACUUCUGGAUCGCAGGUGUCGACGGCUCAGAGGUGCUGGAGACCUACCGUCGACUCGGCGACGACUACCGUAUCAAUGGCGCGGCAUCCCCCGGCCCCGCCUUCACCGAUGCCAUCCAGGAAGACGCCGACGCCGAAGAGGAACACGCCCCCGACUCGCAGGCCUCUCGCCCGACCUCGACCAUCUUCAGGGGCAACAGCCGCCGCAGCUCCAACCAGCGCCUGUCCACUCUCUCCCGGGACUCCGAGCAUGCGAACGGCACCAGCAGCAACCGCAGCAGUGUCACUGUCAAAGGCGCCUCGUCGCCCGUGCGCGGCUCGACCUUAUUCAGCGAUGACUUUGAUUUCGACCAGGCGCUGGUCAAGUUUGCCUCGGAGCGAGAUACCUUUUUGACCGAUUUGAGUUUGAGCGCCGGCGCCAUCACGAAUAACUCGCGCCCGCGGUCUCGCGUGCGCACCCAGAAGAUCACCGCGGACGAUUCGCCCUCGCAGGGUUCGGGCAAUUUGCUCCGCUCGGGCAUUGGGAGUGUCCGUCGGCAUAUGGCAUUUCGGGAUAUGAAUAGUAUGAAGCGGCAGCCUUCAAUUGCUCGACAUGCUUCGGUGCGCACCUCGCGACGACUGAGCAACUACAACUCGGUGAUUCCGGUCCCGCAACCCCUGGAGAUUUCCCCCACGAUGCACCCGUUGAAACGCCGGUUCGAACCCGUCCUGCUCGACCGAUACCCCACCCGCGACAUGGCAGACGAGUUGAAGCAACGCGGGAACUUCCCGGACUAUGUCCCCAUGUUCGCCUUUCCCAAUGAUAUCAACAUUGUCUCCUCCGACCAACGACCCCGCUCGACCUGGCACGGCUUUGCCAUGACCACCGAUAACGGAUCGAAGCUGCAUGCCAUCUGUGUAAUCAUUUGGAUUCCAUUGAACUCGCAGGCGGCAGAUGAGCUGGAGAAGCGCUGCGAGGAGUGGCGGAAGGAUAACAUGACGGAUGAGGAGCGGGAAUUGGCUGCGAGUCUGGGUGAGCGUCUGGCGCAGGAGCGGGCGAAGCUGUCUCAGCUGCUGGCUAAGCUGCCGACUGUGCCCUCGGGAUCCGAGUCUCGUGAACAGCUCGAGGACGAGAUCAGUGCGGUAGAAGAAAAGAUUGGCUUGAUGAACGACCUCCUGCGUCCGGUGCGACAUGGUGCGGCUUCCAAGAUUGAGGGUCUCACAGAUGGAGAUACCGGUUUCUGGAUCCCGCGUGCGUACGGCAUUCUCGGCCGGGAGGCCAACAUGACGAGCUUCUGGAAGGAGUGGCUGAAGGCCAUCGUCGUUCCCAUGACCGAAGGGGGUGUCCAGCGAGUACCGCCCAGCUCGCCCCGGAUGGGCGUGUGGCAGCCAAUUGAGCGCUAUGUUAUGAAUCUCUGCACUGAGGCAUUCUGCCCUAUCUCGUCAAAGACGCAGGUCGAACUCGCCAUUCGAGAAUUGCGGCUGUUCGCGCGACAAGAGGCAUCCAAUGAGCUUCCUGGCUCUCGCAAUACCGAUUUGUAUGCUCUCUUCCGUGCGCUGUCGGUUCCGAACAUUAUUAUACUGUUCGAAUAUGCCCUGACCGAGUCACGCAUCAUUUUCCUGUCCUCCCACACCUCCAUGCUCUACCUUGCUACCAGAGCUCUGGUCGACCUGUUGUUCCCAAUUCAGUGGGCAGGUGUUUUAAUUCCUGUUCUCCCAGCACGUCUGGUGCAGGCUAUCGAGGCUCCCUGCCCGUAUAUCGUGGGUAUCGAGCGGCGGUAUGAAAAGGUCGAGCUCCCGACGGACGACUUUGUCUUGGUCGAUUUGGACUCUGAUAUGAUCGAGAGUACCGUGCGACCAACCCCUCUCCCGCGACACCAGCGCCGGAAGCUCCUGUCGCUCCUUCAAAUGGCCGCUCCUCACCACAGCCGCUGUGGGGUUCCAACGGGACCUCCAGCAUAUGCCAUCGAAACAUACCCAUGGGACACGUUCUUGUCUGAGAGCGGUUCCACAUACACCUCGAAGGCGCCACCCACCAACCUUGCCAAGUAUGUCGGUCUGAACUCCAAUGCAUUCGGUUCGACCGCGGUCGUUCCCAAUUCCUACCAUCCGCCCAUCUUCAACGCAUUCUUGCAUGCUCGUAACGAGCAGGCAUCGUCCCGCGGAUAUUCUUCCUACCAAGGCCGGUGCUUCGCCUCCUUCUCCGCGAGAGAGCUCUCCUACCUCUGGCCACUUCCCCCUCCACCUCCUACUCCCUCCUCGCGGAAUGACUCGGGCAUGGCGCUGCAGGCCUCGCUGCGUGAGAAACGAUCCGGCCACUUUGACGCGGCGUCGAGGAGAAGCUCGUCGCUUGGCAUGACUCGUCGGCCUAGUGCGCCGUUCCUGGGACAUGCAUCUAACCUGUCUGUCACCACUUUGAACACUGAUAAUGGCCCGGGCUCGACAUAUGCCCCAUCCGUCUAUGCGCAGUCGACCAUUGCAGCAUCGACAAUUGUGCCGCAGUCUUCUGCGCAGUACGUCAAUAACAACGAGGGUACUUGCUGGGUUGAGGGCCAUUACUUCCAGACCCAGCCGUGGGACGACAAGUUGACCUGUGCGAUAUGUGACGACCGGGCCGAGGAGGGCAUGUACAAGUGCUCUGCCUGCAAGCUGAUUGUGCACAACCGAUGCGCGUCUCAAGUCUGCUUGGUCUGCGAUGCCGCAUUCCACCCUGAUCAGAUCCGAGCUGCGUUCGUACGGUGCUUCGCUAGCUUGUUCUACACUUAUAAGAAGUAUCUCUUGCCAGCGAGCAGUGACAAGAAGAAGGCGGGAUUGUACUACACUUUCAACAUGGAGGCGUUUAUGAAGAGCUUGCCGAAUGAGCAUGCUGAGUACAUUGCUGUUUUGCAGCAGACGCAAGGCUUUAUGGAAUUCAUCAGCGAGCGCGAACGAACCAAUCCCAAGGCCAAGGACUCGAAAAUGGCCCUCUUCGACGAAAUCGUCCUCUCCAAACGCAACCGCGGCAGAACGUCCAUCUUCUCCGGCCGCUCUACUACAGACUUCCUCUCCGACACAUCCAACCACCUCUGGCGCACCGCGAGCGCUACGUUCUUCGCCCCUACCAGCCGUAGUCAGAAUAACCUGUCUGCUGACUACAGCCGGGUUGCCCAAAGAGGUUCUUAUGAAAGAACCCCGCAUGAUCCACGGUGCCCCCGGGUCUCCAAGACGGCAAAUACGGCCCGCAGGAAGCCGCUGCCUAAAGUCAUGAAUGGACUGGCGAUUUCCCCACCGAGUUAA